CUGGGUGCGAAGCCAGGUUGGCUGCGGAUGAGAGGAGGACGGAGCCGUAUUUUCCGCCAACAUUCACGUAUGUACGCGGCUUCGGUGUGACACUGUUGAGCUCAGCACCGACUGUCAAUAUCCUCGUCAGAAGAAGAACCGGACUGAACAACUUGCGAUUUGAACCAAGUCGGGUUUACAAGCUUGACACCGAGCACAUAAAGAGGAAGACGAGGUCGGCGGAAGUUUGGCUUGGUUUUCUUCAGGAGUUUAGAAAGCACCGGGACUGCCUGGAAUGGUUGAGCCCAGCCCUCCGGCGAUGCACCUCCUCUCCAAUGUGGAUGGCAGCAUGACAUGUGUUGGUGUCAAAUUAGAACAGGAGGACAUGAGUCGAGGAUCUGGACUCAUCAACAACGCUGAACCUACUCUCAAGAUGUCUCCCUCUCGCGACUGGGUAGGGAAUCAGCCACUGGUGGCUCGUCAGCUUACACCACCUCUCUCCUGUUCACCUUUGGAGGAUUCUCCAGGUAAAGAGUUGCCACACAAACAAAGCCAAGUGACGCUCAAAGAGACAAAGCUGCAGGAUCCACCAAAAGUGCAGGCCAAGGAAGCAGGGAACCCAGAGUCUCUGGCGGAGAAGGAGCUCCAGUUGUUGAUGAUGAUCAACCAACUGAGUGGACUACGGGAACAGCUCCUGGGUGCCCACUCCGAGCAGAGGAACAUGGCUGCCUUGCUUCUAGAAAAACAGCAACAGCAAAUGGAGCUGGCCCGGCAACAGCAAGAGCAGAUUGCUAAACAACAGCAGCAGCUGAUCCAGCAGCAGCACAAGAUCAACCUUCUUCAGCAGCAGAUUCAGCAGGUAAACAUGCCCUACGUGAUGAUCCCCGCUUUCCACCCCAGUGCCCAAAAUCUUUCAGUCCCGUCUGACCCACCGAUAAGCUUGCCAUUGCAGCCAAUCCCAUGCAAGCCAGCUAUGGACUAUCCCAUGCAGCUGCUGUCCACGACUGUUAAGAGGAGCGGUGGUUCCAUCCGACAGGAGGCCGGUCAGCCAUUGAACCUGACGUCCAAGCCUGGGAAAGCCCCCAGUCCAAAAUGCAUGGAGAUGGGAUCGCUCGGGGUGCAGAGCACCUGCAGGCACAGAGAUGUGUCAAAGGACGCAUCACACAGCCCCCAACGGUCUGCCCUCACUUUACUCAGAGACAGUGAUGUUGUCACCCAAGCCAUUCAUGAUGCCCAGCAACUACUGAGGAGUCACAACGCUGGAGGCCAAGAGAGAGAGAGAGAAAAAGAAACAGACCGAGAAAGCAGCAGAAAAGUGGAGUGCAGAUAUCCUCCUUGUGGUGACAGAAGUGUUCAUUCCGAGCAAGGUGACGACCGACACACAACGCUGUCCGCCGACGACCACCUAAGCAGUGACUCUGAGAGUACCCUGCAGGUCUCCAGCAGUUACUCUGAAGCCCGCCCCGCUCCUUCCUCAGGUCACAUCAAGAGACCCAUGAAUGCCUUCAUGGUUUGGGCCAAGGAUGAGCGGAGGAGAAUCCUGCAGGCCUUUCCUGAUAUGCACAACUCCUCCAUCAGCAAGAUCCUGGGCUCCAGGUGGAAGUCCAUGUCCAACCAGGAGAAGCAGCCUUACUAUGAAGAGCAGGCCAGACUCAGCCGGCAGCACCUGGAGCGCUACCCGGACUACAAGUACAAACCUCGGCCCAAACGCACCUGUAUUGUGGAGGGACGGCGGCUGAGGGUUGGUGAAUACAAAGCCAUGAUGAAGAGCCGCAGACAGGAACAGAGGACAACAUACACCAGGAGUCCAACAGAACCACAACCCAUCCAUUACUCGCACAACGAUGCUUUGUACCAGACCAGUGGUGGUGGCAGCGCUGUCUCCAUGGCAUCCAUGUCCUUUCACUCCUCCCUUCUGGAGCAUUACCUGCCGCAGCCUCCGCCUGCGUCGCAUCGAGUCGAGGGCCCGGCCACACCUGCCCCUGUGCCCCGGCUGAGACAGCCGGACAGAGAGCGGCAGCAAGCGCCGUACAGCGAAGGAGAGGAAAGUGACAGAGGGGACAGAAGUGAGGGGGAACUUGUCCUCCUCACCGAUUGAAAGGAAUACAUGAAAAUUCCAAAUGAACUGGAAAUAAAAGAAGGGAAUCGGUUGUCACUGAAUUUUAGAAAGCUGCGUUCCCUUGUAAAUUAUCCCCAGUGACGCACACCCAAUUCACAUAAAGGCAAGCUCUUAUCUCACUCAUUUCAUGUUAAAAGUAAACAAAGACUUUCACUUAGAACCGGGCAACAUUAAGGGACCACGAUGACAGCUGGGAUAGGCUCCAGCACACCCACAACCCUCGUGACGAUAAGCGGCUCAGAUAAUGGAUUGAUAUCUACCAGGUACAGUCUUGUCUUGCCCCCAUGUUGCCGCUCAAGAAGGCUGUGAAUGCUACAGGGAAGGGACAAACAAUCCAUAUUUCGUUUGGGACAUGAUGGACUCAUUCUUAUACCAGCACUGCCUCCUGCUGAUCAAGUCAGGUCAUCACAACACAGACAAUGCCUUCAUUUUGCUCAAGCUCCUUAAAUAACAUUUAAUACUUAAAAAAAAAUACUUUCAAGAUUUGUUCUGUUGCAUAGUGUGUCGAACUUGUGGUCUUGAAUAUUUUUAACACACACACACACACACACACACACACACACACACUCCCCUCUGUGUUUACUUUCUGGAAUGUUUCUUGACUGUUAUAAAUGCACCUUUGCAGUGUA